UCCUGUCUCCCCACCCCCAGCCCUACGAGGUGGAUUUGGGAAGAAAGGAGCCCAAACCUGGGACGUGGAGAUAACGAAAGACACCAAUAAGAGAUAUACAUUCGGAGCUCCGCGCGCGGCGGUGUCGCGCACGGAUUAUUAUUGGGUAUUUUAUUUUUUUUCUUUCACUGAGGAGAUUCUGACUCGGAGCGUCUCAUCUGGGGGAACGGAAUACAAACACACGGGGAAUAAAAAAGGAGUAUUUUAUACUCGCUCCCUCCGUUAACAAGUGAUUGCUCUGCCGCUGGAGAAAGUGGGAUAUAACGGUUUUUUAUUCUUCCGCCGACGGGGGAUGUAAAGUUACUGGUUUUCCCGAGGAAAUACAACCGCUCACUCUCAAAGAAUACGGAUUUUAUUAGCUGCCCCCCGUAAACCAAGUGGGGGGUAGUCUCAAGAAUACUUUUCUCCAAACGUACAAAGUGCCAAGCCAUCCUGCGUGAAGACCCAACCAUCCCUGCGCAGUCGGGGCCUCGGCUCUCCAGCCAGGUCGAAGAUCGGUCCCACCCCACCCCUCCCUGCCCCCCCUUCCCCUAUUGGAGCCAAGAUGGCCACGAGCAGCGCCCCUCGCCUCUCCUUGCAACUCCUGCUGCCUGCCACCACUCUGCUGCUAUCACUGCUGCUCACAGACUCCCACGCCUUAUCACCACCACGGUUCACAAAAGUUCCUGUCGACCAGAUCGGUGUCUCAGGGGGCGUAGUCUCCUUUGUGUGCCAGGCGACGGGCGACCCCAAACCGAGGGUUAGCUGGAACAAGAAGGGCAAGAAGGUCAACUCCCAGCGCAUAGAGACCAUAGAGUUUGACGAGGGUGCCGGAGCUGUACUCAGAAUCCAGCCUCUGCGAGCGCCUCGUGACGAGAACAUCUAUGAAUGUGUGGCAGAAAACAGCGAGGGGGAGAUCACUGUCAACGCUAAGCUGUCCAUCAUCCGAGAGGACCUACUCCCACCGGGCUUCCCUAACAUCGACAUGGGCCCUCAGCUCAAAGUGGUGGAGCGCACUCGAACAGCAACCAUGCUCUGUGCUGCCAGUGGCAACCCCGACCCAGAAAUCACCUGGUACAAAGACUUCCUUCCGAUUGACCCCAGUGCAAGUAACGGGCGAAUUAAACAGUUACGCUCAGGUGCCUUGCAGAUUGAGAACAGCGAGGAGACCGACCAGGGGAAGUACGAGUGCGUGGCGUCUAAUGUGGAAGGCGUGCGCUACUCGUCCCCUGCUAACCUUUAUGUGCGAGUCCGACGUGUGCCUCCUCGCUUCUCCAUUCCGCCGACGAGUCAGGAAAUAAUGCCCGGCGGCAGUGUGAACAUAACUUGCGUGGCAGUGGGGUCGCCCAUGCCUUACGUCAAGUGGAUGCUGAAUUCAGAGGACUUGACACCAGAGGAUGAGAUGCCAGUGGGCAGGAAUGUUCUUGAAUUGAGCAGUGUCCGUGAGUCAGCCAACUACACCUGCGUGGCUAUGAGCAGCCUUGGCAUCAUUGAGGCUGUGGCACAAAUCACUGUCAAAUCUCUCCCAAAGCCCCCAGGAACCCCUGUGGUUACUGAAACCACUGCGACCAGUGUAACCAUCACCUGGGACUCAGGCAACCCAGACCCAGUGACUUACUAUAUCAUCCAGUACAGAGCCAAGUCCCCAGACAGCAAAUAUGAAACAGUGGAUGACAUCACAACCACACGCUACAGCAUUGGUGGCCUCUACCCCAACACAGAGUAUGAAAUCCGUGUCUCGGCCGUCAACACCAUUGGCCAGGGUCCUCCCAGUGAGCCAGUAGAAACACGGACUGGUGAACAAGCCCCUGCAAGUCCACCAAGAAACAUCCAGGCCCAGAUUAUAUCCCAGAAUACCAUGAUGGUGCGCUGGGAGGAGCCUGAGGAGCCCAAUGGGCAAAUCAAGGGCUACCGGGUGUAUUAUACCAUGGACGACUCUCAGCCAAUGAGCCUCUGGCAGAUCCAUAACGUCCAGGACAGCAUCAUCACGACUAUCCAGAGCCUGGUUCCUCAGGAGACAUACACAAUAAAAGUCUUGGCAUUCACCUCUGUAGGAGACGGACCAUUUUCAGAGCCUAUCCAUGUCAAAGUACUGCAAGGAGUACCGGGUCAGCCAUCCAAAUUCCAGGUUGGUGCAGUUUCUGACACCAGCAUUGAACUGACCUGGGAAGCCUACGAGAAAGAAGGAAUUACAAGUUAUGAACUCCGAUACUCAGAAGGCAGUUUUGGCACCCAGAUGAAGAAAACAUUUGGACCCACAUCUUCUUAUGUUGUGGAAGGUCUUCGCCCAAACACAGAGUACCACUUCUCCUUGGCAGCCAUCUCAAACAAAGGCACUGGAGCCUUCACCAAUGACAUAUCACAGAAGACCUUGCAAGCCAAGCCCUCAGCCCCCCCUCAAGAAAUUAAGUGCAGCAGCACCAGCUCCACCACCCUGCUGGUAAGUUGGCGCCCCCCGCCUUUGAAGAGUCAGAACGGUGACCUGGUGGGGUAUAAGGUGCGCUACCAGGUGGUGAGUCCGUCAGACGGUGGCAGUGACGACGGGGAGUCCAUGGAGGAUCAAACUGUCCCUGCCAAUGAAGAGCAGGUGCUGCUGCAAAGAUUGGAGAAAUGGACCCAGUACAGCAUCACCUUGUCUGCAUUCACUGUGAUCGGAUCCGGGCCUGAGAGCGAGCCCCUGAUCUGCCGCACUGAUGAAGACGUUCCUGGGGCUCCUCCAAGGCGGGUAGAGGUUGAGGUCCUCAACUCAACAGCACUUAAGGUGAUGUGGCGCUCCUUGACCCCAGGAAGGCAGCACGGUCAGAUCCGUGGCUACCAGGUCCACUAUGUGCGGGUGGAAAAUGGAGAGUCACGGGGCCUGCCCCUCAUCAAGGACGUCAUGCUGGCCGAUGCCCAGUGGGAAACGGACGAUACAGCUGAAUAUGAAAUGGUCAUUGGAGGACUAAAGCCAGACACCACUUACUCCAUCACGGUGGCAGCAUACACCACCAAAGGGGAUGGAGCCCGGAGCAAACCCAAACUGGUGGUGACCAAAGGGGCAGUGCCUGGUCCACCCUAUCUGACAGUGGCUCAGGACUCAGAGACAUCUGCUACUGUUCGCUGGGACCCUCCUGACCUGACUAAUGGCAUGGACCUGAUGGGUUUCCGGCUCCAGUUUGGCCGAAAAGAUGUGCCUCCUUUGGCCACACUGGAAUUUUCUUCCCAAGAACGGCAAUACACUGUUACCAACAUUCACCUAGGGGCAACCUAUCUCUUUAAAAUCUCAGCCAAGAGCAGGGGGGGCUUUGGGGAAGAGGCUUCUGUUGAACUCAAUGUGCCUGAGAAUACACCAGGGGGAUACCCUCAAAUUGACGAGAGCUCCAAUGUGACGUGCUGCUCAGUGCAGCUGUCCUGGUCUCCUCCUGUGCUGGCAGAGAGGAACGGGCUUAUCACAGCGUACACUUUGGCCUAUAAGGAAGCCGGUUCUGGAGGAGCACCAAGCGAGCUCAGGUUACCCCCGAACCAGUCCAGCUAUGUGCUCAACAGCCUCAAACCGAACUCAGCGUACGAUGUGAAAAUACGUGCACACACCAGUGUAGGUCCAGGGCCCUACAGCCCGCCCAUCCAGUAUCGGACGGUGGCCUUUGAUCCAACAGAUGUUCCAAAGAAUUUCACCGUCAAGUGGUCCACCAAGACCACAGUGGUCCUUGCAUGGAAAUUUUUUGAAAGCAGGUCUCCCUACAAAUGCACGAUCGAGUACAACCGUCAAAAGAUGGAUGUGGAUGCCAGGCAAAUGAGGGUGCUCAUUUCUGGGCUAAGGUACAACAACACCUAUGAGUUUAGGGUGACCUGCCAAGAAAGCAUGGACGGUGGCCCGAGACAUCGUGUGUUUGCCAAGACUGCACCCCCAAUCUUGGGCAAGAAACCAAAACUGGACAUCUAUGCUGAGCCUGACAACAUGCUGACCAUGUCCUUCCCACAAGUCGAUAACAAGGAUGUCAAGAACUUUUAUGUGGUUGUGGUUCCACUGAAGAUGACGGCAGGAACUGUGAAAAAUCUGAAGAAUCCUGAUGAAAUGGAUAUGGAAGAGCUGUUGCGUGAGGUGACCCCUAAACGCCGCUCACGCCGUCAGCUGGCCCAGCUGGACCAGAGGAAACCCUACAUCACAGCCUGCUUCAGGCAGCUGCCCCCCAGCUUCACGGUGGGAUCUGACCACCGCCAAAGCAGCUGUGAGAACAAGCCUCUUGAACCCGGCCAGGAGUACGUCUUCUUCCUGCUGGCUGAACUCAAUAGCACCGCCGGGAAAAUGUUUGCUACCAGCCCCUAUACCGACACUGUAAUGACUCCUGAGCUGGUGGUCGACCCUCAUCCAGUAGAGCCUGGGGACGGACUCAUAUGGGUGGUGGGCCCAGUCCUGGCUGUGGUCUUUAUCAUCUGCAUCGUCAUUGCUAUUCUCCUGUAUAAAAACAAACCUGACAGUCGCAAAAGAAAAGAGUCAGAGCCACGCACAAAAUGUCUACUGAACAACGCCGACAUCACACCUCACCAUCCUACAGACCCUGUGGAAAUGAGACGCAUCAACUUCCAAACUCCAGAUUCUGGGCUAAGCAGUCCUCAGAGUGAAGCAGAUUUUGACUAUGAAAGUAUGAUGAAUCAUCCUCCAAUCCCUAUAUCAGAGCUGGCUGAGCACACAGAACUCCUCAAGGCCAACGACAACCUCAAGCUCUCCCAGGAAUAUGAGUCCAUCGAUCCAGGCCAGCAGUUCACCUGGGAGCACUCCAACCUGGAGGUGAACAAGCCCAAAAAUCGUUAUGCCAACGUCAUCGCCUACGACCACUCCCGCGUCAUCCUGGCUCCUAUUGAGGGUAUUACAGGUAGCGACUAUAUCAACGCCAACUACAUUGAUGGCUACAGGAAGCAGAACGCCUAUAUUGCCACCCAGGGUCCGUUACCAGAGACCUUCGGGGACUUCUGGAGGAUGGUGUGGGAACAGAGAGCAGCCACUGUGGUUAUGAUGACCAGGCUGGAAGAGAAAUCACGUAUUAAAUGUGACCAGUACUGGCCCAGUCGUGGGACAGAAACAUAUGGGAUGACCCAAGUGACACUGCUGGACACCAUAGAACUGGCCACGUUCUGCGUACGCACGUUCUCUUUGCACAAGAAUGGCUCUAGUGAGAAGCGGGAGGUCCGCCAGUUCCAGUUCACGGCAUGGCCUGAUCACGGUGUACCAGAGUACCCGACCCCCUUCCUGGCCUUCCUCCGCAGGGUGAAAACCUGCAACCCACCUGACGCUGGACCCAUCAUCGCCCACUGCAGUGCGGGUGUCGGUCGGACAGGUUGCUUUAUUGUCAUCGACGCCAUGCUGGAGCGGAUCAAGCACGAGAAGACGGUGGACAUUUACGGCCAUGUGACGCUGAUGCGCUCACAGCGGAACUACAUGGUGCAGACAGAGGACCAGUACAGCUUCAUUCACGAUGCACUGCUGGAGGCGGUCGCCUGCGGCAACACUGAAGUAGCUGCCCGGAGCCUCUAUUCCUACAUCCAGAAGCUGGCGCAGGUGGAGAGUGGCGAGCAUGUCACUGGCAUGGAGCUGGAGUUCAAGCGAUUGGCCAACUCCAAAGCCCACACGUCGCGCUUCAUCAGUGCCAACCUCCCCUGCAACAAGUUCAAGAACCGGCUGGUCAACAUCAUGCCCUAUGAGACGACGCGUGUCUGCCUGCAGCCGAUCAGAGGCCUGGAAGGAUCUGACUACAUCAAUGCCAGCUUCAUUGAUGGAUACAGGCAACAAAAGGCCUACAUCGCAACACAGGGCCCUCUAGCAGAGACUACAGAAGACUUCUGGAGGAUGCUCUGGGAGAACAACUCAACCAUUGUAGUCAUGUUGACCAAACUGAGAGAGAUGGGACGGGAAAAGUGUCACCAGUACUGGCCGGCAGAGCGCUCAGCGAGGUAUCAGUACUUUGUGGUCGACCCGAUGGCAGAGUACAACAUGCCUCAGUACAUCCUCCGAGAGUUCAAAGUCACAGACGCCAGGGAUGGCCAGUCCAGGACAGUGAGACAGUUCCAGUUCACUGAUUGGCCGGAGCAGGGUGUGCCCAAAUCUGGGGAGGGAUUUAUUGAUUUCAUCGGACAGGUGCAUAAAACCAAGGAGCAGUUUGGGCAGGAUGGACCAAUCUCUGUCCACUGCAGUGCUGGUGUGGGAAGAACCGGAGUCUUCAUCACCCUCAGCAUCGUCCUGGAGAGAAUGCGCUAUGAAGGCGUGGUAGAUAUCUUCCAGACAGUGAAGAUGCUGCGGACACAGAGGCCAGCCAUGGUGCAGACUGAGGAUGAAUACCAAUUCUGCUAUCACGCAGCUCUGGAGUAUUUAGGAAGCUUUGAUCACUAUGCAACGUAAAAAGCCAUCUCUUCCCCCCCAGAAUCCUGUCGCCCCCCUCAACAGUCUCCUGAGCCAUAGAAACUUUCAAAUUUGAAACAACAACAGCAGAUGACGAUAUCCCCAUCGCUAAUUCAGAUGCACCAACCAGGAUCCUACCGUAGAUUUUUACCAGAAGACGGCCAACCUACGAGUUCUAGUACAAUUCCAAUUCGACUAAGAGACCUCGCGGGUGGAAAAUUGCCCCUCAUCAGGAAAAAAAAAAACCCUCCUCAGGAGAGGAAACAGACAUUGUGGCUCAAGCUGUAGGGUGGGAAUCGAUCAAAGUGUCAGACUGCUUACCUUACCUCAAGUGUUUCAAUGUGGAGGACAUUGUAAACAUUCGUAAACAUUUCUCUUCUCAAAAAUAUCUUCGUGACACAACGGUAACGAGCAACAGAAAAUGAAGGAGAAGGCAACAGCAAAAAUCAAUGAGAGGCAGAUGGAUGUAGCCAAGAUGGCAAGACUUUCUUGCUUUUUUGAUAUGCCUUGGUGUAAAAGGGGUUCAAGUAUUUCUAUAAACACAUUUUUGUGAGUGGUAUCCAGAGAAAUGACCAAAUUGUGGUUUGCCUGUGUGAACACAAGUGGUUUUCCCCCAAAACUCUGGUAAGACAAAAAAAAAUCAAAACAGUGGAAUUGUAACUGGCACGAGAACAAUCCCAUCUGGCAUCAAUUAAACCUGGAGGUUUUUUUACUCUAAUGAUAUGCAUAAUUUGUGUGGAAAAGCACUCAAUUAUAAAAGAAUACAUCACAUAAUUGCCUGUACUCAAGCGCAGAGAGCUUAGAGACAGCUCUGCUGGUGAUCGAAGGGAAGAAAGCAGCAGCAGCACAUAUCUUUAGAUCGGUUUGUUUCAUGAGUUGUGUAAUCGUGUAAAAUCUCAAGGCAGGUUGUGAUGAUGAAAAAUUACCACAGUGUUUUGAAAAUGUGCCCAAGGAGUUACAAGAAAAGCAAGCAGCUGCAGUUUGUUGUUCUUCAGGUGGCAGCCACGUCCCAUGAUUUUUUACAAUCACCCCUCUCUUUGGAACUGUUGCAUCAUGGGGCUUCGGCACUGACGUGUACUGUUUGGAGACAGAGGUGGUUUUGGAACAGCCAAACAAGGAUCGCCGCACAGCUGGGGCUUUCUUUGUGUACAGUGACCAACACUCAUCGUCAUUGUUUUGGACUUUUUUUGUCUUAUGAGGAAUAACCUUUUUAUUUUCUGUCAAAACCAAACAUGCUGCUUAUCUCAUGUAUGCUGUACGUGUGUGACUCUUGAGGGAGCGGAAACUGAUGAACUAAAGAUGCCAGCUCAGGCGGGCGCGACUGAAAGUGCAUCCACAUGACAACAUCGUCCAUCAGUCUUUCCCUGCCCUCCUCUUUCUUUUUGUUUUCCAGGCUUCCUCUAUAAUCAUCAUAUGAGACACUCGAGAGAGGCAGACGCCUGUACGUCACGUGAUUGGCCUUUUAGUUCCACUGUUUGUGUGUUUGGUACCAGGUGCAUAAACAAAGUGGUUGGGUUGUUUCUUUUUUUUGGCCUCUGUUUUAUAGAUGAUGUCUCUGUGGGUGCCACAGCAGGACCAGGUGGCCAUGUUGAAUCUGAUGCCAUGAUGUGAUAAUGAAAUACUUUGGUACUUGCACAUCCCUAAGGAGAAAAGAAACUUGAAACAAAUACUCCAAAAACAUCUGCAGGUUGGAUAUGAGGCACUGACAUGUCUGAUUGAAAAAAUCCAGCUUUGAAAUUUCACUCUGAGAUCAGCGCUGUGGUAGAGACGAAGGUUUUCAAAUGGUGUGCACAAAAAAAGAAAAACAAAAGUGAUGGACAGAACUGUGUGUAAUCUCUCUUAUUUCCAAAAAAGCCUUAUUGUUAUUGUAACAUUAUGAAAACAUUAAUGUUGUAUUAUGACGACUUAUUUUACAUGACAUAGUUGACUUUUUAUUUUAACUUUUGGUUUUAGUUUUUUAACAGAGAUGUUGUAUCACCUUUUUUUAAGAAGUUAGCCGGAAAAGAUAAAUGCUUAUUUGUUCAUAUUACGUUCAAAGACAUUCUAUUUUUUCACUGUAGAAAUGUUAAGUAUAACAUGUGUGUGCACGUGUGCAGUAGAAACACGCUGCACACUCACACAUACAUUAUAUAUUUAAAUGCAGAAUAUAAAGAUAUAUCCAAACACUUAGUAUUAAUUCAAUUUUCUCCUCAUCAUGAUUUCUUUUUAUACCAGCCAGUGCUCAUGUUUCAAUGUGACUUUUUAUUUGUUUCUUUUUGUAAUCUGAGAAGCCGUGUGUGUUUCUCUUGUAAAGCUGAGGUGGACAAACUAUGACUAAAUCCUCCAAAAAUUUAACCUCCACCCUCGGGUGGAUCCUGUGCCGAUGAGGAGAUGCCAUUUUUAAAACUUGUUGAGAUUUUAUCAUUCAUUUGUAGACAUUAGUGUUUUUUCUUUGUUUUUGUUUUUUUUUUUGAGCAACUGUUGAAUGAUGAACUGGUCUAUGAAAUAACCAAUCAAAACUUUCAUAAUGAACUUUUUGUUACUAUCUAUGUCAGCCCAACUUGACGUACUGUACCUUGUAUCAUCAUGUACAGACUAUGACCCUCGCAGUUUUUAAGAUAAUCUUAAAAUUUCUUUCCUUUUUUUAAAAACUUAUUAUUUUCAGACAUAAAGAGGUCAUCCAUUUUGUUAGAUAUCCACUAUGAACUAGAAUAUACCUGUAAAUAAACAAAUAUAUAGAUUAUAUGUAUUUGUAUCAUUUGACCCUCCAGAUCUCAUAUGUUCAAAUGGGAACAGAAAUCACAAAGAUGGAGGUUCUGCUCAUAUCCGACUUCCCCGGUGUGUAAAGUCUGUUUUCUCUCCUUCUGACAUGUUCUUUCUCCAGCCCCGCUCCCCGCUCUUUAAUUACCACUCACCUUUUUUCAGACUGUAAUUUCCCCUGCCGGCAGUUAAACUGGGAAACAAGCCAGUUCCUGUUCUCACACCUAUAGCCUCAAUGAGGGCACGAAACCCACAACAGUGAACUACUGGAAUAAUUUAGCUGAAGAUGGAAAGUUAGUCCAUUCAACCAACUAACAGUUUGAAUUUGUAAUUAACCAUUAAUUCAAGGUCUGCUUACAUUCUCAUUCUUAAUGAUCUGGGCCUUUGUACAGGCCAGAAGAUAGCAUUUUCUUUUUUUUAACCAUAAAACUUGAGUAACUACGACAUUAAUGGAGUCUAAAAUUCAGACUAAAAUCAAAACUCAGUGAGAAACCAAAACACCCAAAGGCAAUUUCACUCAUUAAACCUUUCCGAUAAACCCUUCCAAGGUGCCCCCCCUCCAUCAAUGUCAUUGGCUGUUGGAGAAAUGCAGCUAAACUAAAGGCUAUACAUGGUUCAGCUGACACGUUUUCCCUCUUGUUGCUUUUUAACACUGUAUGGAACCAUACUUUGUGUUUUUUUUUUUGUUCAGCCAUGUUUCAUUGUGGGAAACAGAAAGACAUCAGAACUCAAUGAAACAAAGCAGUGCGAUGCAACCAAGGGAAGACCGAGACAACCAAAAACUUGCUGCAAAUUCACAUUUCCAGCACGUCAUCUCUGAACAGUGGAAACCUUGAGAUGUUUCAUAACGAACUUAAAAAAAAAGAGACUUUGGGAACUCAAAAAAGACUGGCACCAUGGCCCCAUGCCAAAACUGAAACCCGUGGAAAAGUCUUUGGAAGCUUGUGCAAUGUGUUACUCUUUUGACUUCAUGUAAAGAUCGUAGACUUUUGAAAAACAGCCGCCAAAUUUACUGGAAUAUGUCGCAGAAUAUUUGGGGGGAUGGGGUCGGGGACUAACAAAAAAACAACACUAACAAAAAAUGACGUCAAGAAAAAUAGAACAUAUACAGUAUGUACGGACAAAAACGAAAAAUAACCCAAACUCAGCAAAAUAGUUUUUCCUUUAUAUGAAGGCCAAGAGCUAUCACUUUCAAACUGUUACUUCUAACUGAAACAAUAAUUGGUUUAAAGCCACUGUGUAUGUAGAUAUGUUGACUUUGUA